AUGACCGCGCCAAAUGAUAUGAAGUUGUCCGAGUUUGCUUCGAAGCAUGAUACAGAGCAAGCGGUGAUGGAUGUCCAGGAUGGACACUUGAAGCAUCACGAGAUACGUGACCUUGACCCUGCUCUCCAGUUCAUGAACGCAGAGGAGAUUGAAUAUACCCCCGACGAGGCCAAACAUGUUUUGUCCAAGAUCGAUCGAGUGCUCAUGCCCUUGCUCUGUUGGGUCUAUUUGAUUCAGUUUGCGGACAAAACGUCUUUAAACUAUGCUUCCCUCAUGGGAAUUCGUGAAGAUACCCAUUUGGACGCCAACUCGCAGCAGUAUAGCUGGGUUUCCAGUAUCUUCUAUGCUGGGUACAUCUUUUGGGAAUUCCCCACCACCUAUCUGCUUCGUCGUCUGCCCUUGGGCAAGUACACCUCGGUCAAUAUCCUACUAUGGGGCAUUGCGCUGGUCUGCCACGCCGUCGCUCAUAAUUAUGCAACCUUACUAUGCGUCCGUUUCUUCUUGGGCGCCUUUGAAGCCACAGUGACACCAGCCUUUGUCUUAUUUACUUCUUGUUGGUAUAAGCAAGAGGAACAAGCCAAACGCAUGGGCCUGUGGCUCAGCUGUAACGGGCUGGCUCAGUUGCUUAUUGGACCUAUUGCUUACGGCUUAGCCGGUGUGCAAGGAACCACCAUUGCCGUGUGGAAAAUCCUCUUCUUGAUUUUGGGCCUACCCACCGUCUUAACUGGUGUGGUAUAUCUCUGGUGCAUGCCCGACAACCAAGUACAAGCCCGGUUCUUGAACCACCGCGAGAAGCUUAUUGCCAUUGAUCGAAUCCGCGGCAACUUCCAAGGCAUCGGCAAUCAAACAUGGAAAUGGCCUCAAUUCUUCGAAGCAUUCCGCGAUCCACGCACUUAUCUUUACGUUCUAUUCUCGCUACUGAUGAACAUCCCCAACGGAGGAAUCACCACCUUUGGCUCUAUCAUCAUCAGCUCUUUUGGAUUUUCCAACCGAAUGUCCCUCAUUUUGAACAUGCCAAUGGGAAUCGUGGAUAUAGCCUGUAAACUGGGCCUGACCUAUCUCUCCGAUCGAUUCUUCGAUCGAACCCUCUUCGCCAUAAUCGCUAUCCUGAUUCCCAUGAUCGGCGGUAUCAUGAUGAUCGUGAUCCCCUUGGACGCCAAAGCCGGCUUGCUCAUUGGAUACUACUUCAUCGGUGCAGCCGGAACCGCCUGGUGUCUCGUGAUGGUGAUGAUCUCCAACAAUACUCUAGGAUAUACCAAGAAAGCAACAGUGAAUGGUCUUCAGAUUGUGGCCUAUGCAGCCGGAAACUGGAUCGGUCCUCAGACAUUCCGCUCAACCCAAGCACCCGAAUACUUUGAUGGCAAACUGAUGGUUGCUAUCAUGUAUGCUAUGGCAUCGGCUACCUUGGUAGCAAUUCGUGUCGUCAAUAUCAUAGAGAAUAAGAGGCGCGACCGCAAGGCGAUCGCGGAGCCUGACACUGCCCAUGCUACCCCUGGGUCUGAAUUCUUGGAUUUGACGGAUUUUGAGCAGCCAGCCUUCCGCUACGUUCUCUGA